AUGACUGUCAACUCAGAGUUUAAGCCCGCUCUUAUCAUCGUUGAUUUCCAAGAGGAUUUCUGCCCGCCCAAUGGCUCCCUCGCAGUCCCCCAAGGCCGCGACAUCGCCCCCGUCGUAAACGCCCUCCUCACACUCCCCUUCGCCAUCAAAAUCGCCACCCGCGACAACCACCCCCAAAACCACAUCUCUUUCGCUGAAAACCAUCCCGGCUCCAUCCCCUUCAAAUCAUACCACACAAUCAUCCACCCCACAGACCCAACGAAAAGCGACACGACACUCCUCUGGCCAACGCAUUGCGUCCAAGAAACACCCGGCUCAAACCUCGUUCCAGAACUAGACGCGGAGAAAAUUGAUGUCGUUGUGGAUAAAGGGAUGGAUGCAAGAGUAGAAAUGUACUCUGCGUUUUACGAUCCUAUGAGGGUGAGUGUUAGUGAGUUGGGGGAAAGGUUGAAGGAGGAGAGUGUGACGGAUGUGUUUGUGGUUGGGUUGGCGGCGGACUAUUGCGUGAGAGCGACGGCGGAGUCGGCCGUGGAGGAAGGGUAUAGGACGUUUAUCGUGGAGGAGGGGACAAGACCUGUGAUGAGGGAGAUUUGGGAGGCGGAGGGGAAGAAGGUUGUUGAGGGGAAGGGGGUGAGGAUUGUGAGUGUGGAUGGGGAGGAGGUUGCGAGAGUGAGGAAGUUGGCGUGA